AUCCUGAAAACUCUUCACAAAACCUACUUUAACAUCGGGAAGAAGCCUUUCUGGAAUGAUCUGAACCCAAAAGCCAUAAGCAAUGAUGAGCUGUUUGGAUUCUUUCAUCCAGCCACUCGGGAAUGGAAAGAUGGUUUAUUGUCACAUUUCAUGCGGGAUCAAGCCAGUAACUCUCACUCGGGGCCAAAGUGGAUUGUUCUGGAUGGAGACAUUGACCCCAUGUGGAUUGAGUCUCUCAACACUGUCAUGGAUGACAACAAGGUUCUUACUCUGGCUAAUAAUGAACGUAUCCCACUCACCCCCUCGAUGAGACUACUGUUUGAGAUCAGCCACUUGAAACAUGCCACGCCUGCCACCGUGUCUCGAGCUGGCAUCCUGUACCUCAAUCCACAGGAGCUUAGCUGGAACCUGUAUGUUACGAGUUGGAUUGAUCGGCGGGAGAGACAAACCGAGAGAGCACACCUGACCAUUUUGUUUGACAAAUAUGUCCCUCGCUGUAUUGAAAAAAUGAGAAGCUCCUUUAAGACGAUCGUCCCUGUCACUGAGAACAGCAUGAUUCAGACUCUGUGCUCCUUGUUGGAUUGUCUGUUAACUCCAGAGAGCAUACCAGCAGACACUCCACGGGAAGUCUACGAAACAUACUUUGUGUUCGCAUGUGUGUGGGCUUUUGGUGGAGCCACAUUCCAGGAUCAGAUCCACGAUCACCGGGCUGAGUUCAGUCAGUGGUGGAUCAAAGAGAUGAAGAGUGUGAAGUUUCCUGCACAGGGUUCAGUGUUUGACUACUAUUUAGAUCCUCAUUCCAGACGCUUCCUGCCGUGGACCGACAGGAUUCCCGUGUUUGAGAUGGACCCUGAUACUCCUGUACAGUCUGUGUUAGUCCCCACAGCUGAGACGGUCAGACUGCAAUAUUUCACGCGCGUGUUAUUGGAGACGUCUCAGCCUCUCAUGCUGAUUGGUGGAGCAGGCAGCGGGAAAUCUGCUCUGGUCAGGAACCUUCUGGAAACACUGCCUGAGAACUUCAUGACCGCUAAAGUUCCCCUUCACUUUUAUAUCACUGCGUCCGUUCUGCAAAAGGCGAUGGAGAAAGCUCUGGAGAGAAAAGCCGGCAGGAGUUACGCACCCCCGAGAAACAAGAGACUCAUCUAUUUCAUCGAUGACAUGAACAUGGCGGCGGUGGACGGUUACGGGACCUCUCAGCCACACGCUCUCAUUCGCCAGCAUCUGGAUUACAAGCACUGGUAUGACAGUCAAAAGCUAACAAUGAAAGACAUACACAACACUCAUUAUGUGUCUUGCAUGAAUCCAACGUCGGGGAGUUUUACAAUUAACCCCAGACUGCAG